AUGAAGAGAAGCCCAAGAAAGCCAACAGCAAGAGGAAGAAGUCAGAAGACGCUGGGAGAAAUCGUCAACCCAAAACCAGCCCAAGUAUCUGAACCAGAGGUCAUCAAUCUGUGCACCUCUGAACCGGCUGAACCGGACGUCAACGAUGGGCGCAGGAAACGCCGCCGAACGAGUCAGACUGAAUCUGUUGAUGUGGCCGCAGAACAUCCUGUUACUCCGCCCAGGCCUGGAGCUGAUUCGGGCGGAUACUCUCCACAAGUCAUUAUAUCUGCGUCCUCGCCUCUGCCCGAAGCAUCUGAUUGUCCAGCAGAUGAGUCUUUCGUCCCCAAGACCCCUCCAAGGAAGCUGCUGAAACUCAAUGCCAAUGGAAAGUUCAGCUCACCUCCGUCUAAGACAGUGAAGCUUCAAGAAGAUCCUGAUCCCGAACCUGAUCAACCCAAAAAACGUACCAGACAGCGGAAGACUGCUCAACCUAGUUCAAAGGGUCAUCUCAUGGUGCAAAUAAGCUAUGGUAAAGAUGAUGCUAGCCGCACGGCCUUUGGUGCCAGAAUCGAUCGUAUCUUGGAUGGAGAGGAAAGGACCGCGGCAGAUGCACCGAAGUCCACGCCCAAGAAACGUACGCCACGAAAGCCGAAACCGAAAGCCAGGCAUCCAUUCUUUACAGGGAAGAAAGACCCUCCAGCACCGUCGAAAAAAGAGUCUCCUCGCAAAGCAUCUGCUGUAACACCAGGAAAACUUCGAAAGCAGGCAUAUGAAGAUCGUCUCGAUCUAUCCAAGGAAGCGCCGAUGUUCGACUCCGCGCUCUUGAAGGACAGGCUAAUGGUGAAGCAUCCCGGUGCGAAAGACGCGCCAUUUCCGCCUAGAGAUUGGGCUCAUGUUCGCGGACCCCAGGACAAUUCGGUCCAGCGGCCGAUGGCCGAACUGAGUUUCGACAAGUCGUAUCGCAAAAGAAAGCGCAAGCAAGCACGCUUGCCCUUUCCUGUGGACGAAUCCCUUCUCUCGAGCUUCACCUCUGAGCUUCGACCGAAAGGCGAGCGUCAGCUGCGAUCUGAUGGUUUCUAUGAACCCAGUCAAGACCUUGCUGUUCCCGAACGCCUUUUGAUCUCCGGCGAAGAGAUUGCCGAGGCUGUGGCAAUGCAACUUUCCGUGUAUCCUGGUAUUUCGGCAGAUGACGAGCUCUCUCUUACAUCGUCUCAGCAAGCUGUGCAUCCUGCGAUCAGAGCGCUGUUUGACCAGAUUCCGAAAAGUAUGGCCGCUUUCGACGAAUUGAGAGGAGAAUCCAUGUCAUGGGCUCACAAGUACGCUCCCGCAAACGCCGCUGAAGUGUUGCAGCCCACGCAUGAGGUGUCAGUUCUCAAGGCUUGGCUAAAGUCGCUCGCCGUUCAGGCUGUCGGAGGUGCCACUGCGGCAGUGUCGAAGCAGCCGUCAUCGAGACCUCCAGAAAAGCCAAAGAAGAAACGAAAGAAGAAACCCGACGAUCUUGAUGACUUUCUGGUCGACAGCGACGAGGAGACCAACGAGAUGAGUGAGAUUCUGGACAACGACAUUAUCAGCCCGUCAGGCAGCCAGAGAGCCGUCAAAAGCAUCGUCCAGGUAGUUCACGACAGCACCAAGCUCAACAACGCGGUACUCUUGAGUGGUCCCCACGGUUGUGGAAAAAGUGCUGCUGCUUAUGCCGUCGCCAAGGAGAUGGGCUACAAAGUCUUUGAGAUCUCUUCGAGCGAGCGCCGGAGCGGAAGAGAUGUCAUGGAAAAGGUUGGCGACAUGACCGAGAACCACCUGGUAAGACAUCAUGGUACUGAAUCCGCCGAAGUUUCAUCGUCCGAGGAGCCAAAUCGCAUCGAUGAGGCAUUCCAAAAGGACCUUCACAGUGGCAGGCAAGGCAAGAUGAGUGCGUUCUUCAAGCCACAAACCAAGCCAAAAUCCAAGCCCAAAGAGCCCAAAACUGUGGUCAAGGAGAAGACGCUCAAGGUUGUUCAGGACGCUCUAAGAAAACAACCGAAGGACCAACAGCAGUCUCUUAUCUUACUCGAAGAGGUCGACGUCCUUUUCAAAGACGACAAGGAAUUCUGGACAACUGUUUUCAAGCUCAUCACGACAUCCAAGCGGCCAUUCAUUAUGACAUGCAACGACGAAGACCUGGUACCACUUCAGGUCAUGUCAUUGCACGCAAUUUUGAGAUUCACACAACCUGCCACGGAUCUGGUCGCUGAUUAUAUGCUGCUUCUUGCCGCUGCUGAGGGCCAUCUCCUCCAACGCAAUGCCGUAACGACGCUGUACGAACGACAUGGCCAUGAUCUACGGGCCAGCAUCACCGCACUGAACUUCUGGUGUCAAAUGGGUGUCGGCGAUCCACGGGAAGGUUUGGCCUGGAUAUACCAACGAUGGCCACCAGGAUCUGAUCUAGACGAGCAAGGUAGAAGACUACGUGUGGUCAGCAGCGGCACCUACCAAGAGGGAAUGGGUGUGGCAUCGAAGUCGGCAGCCACCACAGAGGAGGUUCUGUCACAGGUCUGGGACGAGUUUGGCGUCGAGCCUCUCGACGCCCUCGGCUGGGUGCCGUGUCCGGAAGAAACUACCUCGAACGUAGACGUGUCGCUGAAGCAGAUGUCCAAAUUCGCAGAUGCGUUGAGUGCUGCCGACUCAAGCUGUUCUAUCGGUCUGCCUGCAAGCGCGCCUCUCGAUCCUGCCCAGCCAGAGCUCCCUGAGAAGUCCCGCAGCAACUACAUCGAAGGGCUCCAGUUCCUACAGACUGACGAACCAGUCGACUACAGCGGCAUGAGUGCAGAGCUUCUCGUGACCAUGACGCUUCUGGCUAAUCGAGCACUGAACGUGCCCGGUCAGCAUACUCCAUCCACGGACCAAAUCAUCGCAAAAGCAACCCACCUCAAAGCACAUCCUCGCGACGAUAAUCUCUCUCGUCGUGCCUUUGCAUGCUUCGACCCAGUCUCGGCACCAGCAGAGGUCUCGCUAUCGUAUCCAGGCAUGUUACAAUCCACCUUUGAUGGCCCUCUCGAGACCAUCGCUGUCGACCUGGCACCCUAUGUCCGUUCAAUCGUCCAGCACGACCAAGCGCUCGAAGAACAGCGCGACCGACUCAAUCUUCUCACAUCAGACGGCCGCCAAGCUAAACGGGCACGCACCACUCGUGCCGCACGGAGUGCCUUGGAAGGAGGCCAGCGCGCAACGACGCGGAGGGAGAGGUGGUUCACCAGAGAUCUGGACUUCAACGCUGUGCUCGCGACCGCUGGCAAGGGCUGGCCGAGGUAUUCGGACCCAUUGGAGUCUGUGGACGAGCAGUCAAGAGUCAGCACCGACGCUGCUGCUACUUCUACAGCGGAAGAAGAAGAGAUCAAGUACGAGUAG